GGAAGUGGGCUGUCGUCGGCGGCAGCGGCGGCGCUGGGCGGGGCGGGGCUGGGGGAGGGGUGGAGCGAAGGCCGCAGCCUAGCAGUAGUAGCAGAGGGACAGCCGCCGGGCAGCAGCACCACCACCGCCACCACCGGCGCAGCAGCACCACCGCCACAGCCACCACCACCGGCACAGCAGCCCAGGCAAGGCGGCAGCGGUAGCAACACAAGCAGCAGCACAAGCAUAACAGCCGGGCAGCAACAGCGGUGGUGGCACAGGCACAACAACAACAACAACAGCAGCAGCAACAGCAGCCGGGAUGGGCUCCAGGGCGUCCAGCCUGCUCCGCGACGAGGAGAUCGAUGACAUCAAGAAGGAGACGGGCUUCUCUCAUAGCCAGAUUACACGCCUGUACAGCAGAUUCACCAGCCUUGACAAGGGAGAGAAUGGCACGCUCAGUCGUGAAGAUUUCCAAAGAAUUCCGGAACUGGCCAUUAACCCUUUGGGGGACAGGAUCAUUAAUGCCUUUUUCCCAGAAAAUGAAGAUCAAGUGAAUUUUCGAGGCUUUAUGCGGACUCUUGCUCAUUUCCGGCCCAUCGAGGAAAGUGACAAAAACAAGAGCCCUCAGCUUCCUGAGCCACUCAACAGCAGGAACAACAAGCUGCUCUUUGCUUUCAGGCUCUAUGAUCUGGACAAGGAUGAUAAGAUCUCUCGAGAGGAGCUCCUGCAGGUCCUUCGCAUGAUGGUGGGAGUGAACAUAUCGGAUGAGCAGCUAGGGAGCAUUGCAGACCGGACCAUUCAAGAGGCAGAUCAGGAUGGCGAUUAUUCAAUCUCCUUCAUGGAGUUUCAGAAGGUGUUGGAGAAGGUUGAUGUUGAGCAGAAGAUGAGCAUCCGUUUCCUUCACUGAAUCCUCAGCCGGCCAGCUCUCCACUCAGACUCUGUCCGCCUCUGACGUCACUGAUGUGUUACCUGAUUAUGUAGAGAAGUUUAUCAAUUGCAUGGGAGAGCGCCAGUCAUUUUGUUGGUUUCACCCACUCCUGGGCAGUCGUGGAAAUCGUUAACAGUGUGGCGAUUUCUGUGUCCCUCUAGUUUGCCGUGUGGCGCGUUUCACCUGGGUACCACCGAACAGCUGGCUGCAGGGCAAACUAAUCCGCCUUGCUGGUGGGGAAAUGCUGCACCUUCAGGAUAUGAUUAGCAGAGGAAGCCAGUCAUACCUGAGGGAUUUCAUGACUCGUGGACUGCACAGUACUGGUGCUCCUUAGAAUGGGCUGUUCUCCGAUUGAACUGUGUAAGACUGAGGGGAUGGCAAUCAGGUGCUUUUAAAUUGUAUUUGCUCAUUUUUCUGAUCGGGGUUAUUGAUUAUGGGGUAUUUAUUCAUCCAAAGUUGUAUAAAUUGUGGUUUUUAGGUUACUUGCUAUUAAUUGUCCCUUGCUGCCAGUUUAGUCCCUUAGUUCCAGCCUUACUUUGUCUGUUCCGCUUGUGAUGUUUCCAGGCCAGUCUUUAACCGUAUCCAUUCCCUAACACCGAAAACCAAGAGAAUACUGUAAUUACCCAUGUAUCAUACUUAUUUGACUUGGCUGUCAUUGGGACUCCUGUUGGCUCCCCCUGUCUCCAUCUAUGCUGAAACAAUAACAUAGAUGGUGGUGAAAAGUGCUGCCUUUGCCAGCUGCUGCAGUCUGGCCAGGUUCCUUUCUGUCAGUGUGUUUUGUUGCUGCGUGUGAAGAGGGAAUGGUCACCCUUUUUUCGAUAAUUAUAUGUCCCAGUGAACACUAAAGAUGACCCUGUGCUUGUUUAGCUCCACUCGCUUUUGAUGCAUUGCUCGUCCUGCGAGGAUAGAAUGCCUGUAUUGCCUGUUAAUUAACUAGAUAUGGCAUUACACUCUGUUUAUAUUUAACUCCGGUUGUGUGUGUGUGCCUGAAUGUGUUUAUCCUGUUUGGUCGGCAGCUCACGGCAACACAGUAUUGUGAUGUGAGGGGGAUGUCAACAAAGGAGCACUAAGUGUGAGGCUAGCCCAGCAUUCAGACACUUAAACCAGUCGCACAUUUUACUUUUGAGCCUUGAGAUAAUUCUGAACUUCAGUUUUGCCAAGCAGCACACUACAGAUUCCUGGGCUCUGCACACUGACUGGAAUCUGCCCAGGAUCAACUCACCAGUAUUUAACUUAAUACCAAAGUCUUCAGACUAAGGUUCACUCAUUUGUUCUGUUUCUCAGACUGGAGUUCAUUUUGUUUUGAGCCUGAAUGUCUCAUCCCAUUCAGGAUUUAAUUUUAAUUUGGAUAUGUUAGUGUCAGUACAUGUAUGGACCAGUGGAGGGACUGAUGUACCACAGGAGAUGCUCCCUUCACUGAAGGCUGUGCACAGAAUACUUGCCCAACUACCUUCACUUGUUUCAUGUCCCCCCCACCCCCCCAAGGCGCACGUGGAAAGGCGAUGAGCAUCCAAGUCCUUCCUUACGAAGAUCGAUUGGGAGCUUCUGAUUGAACUGAAUGUGUCGUGCAAACGGUUAAGUGCUUUCAGAUGGAAUGCUAUCACCCUUUCCUGGAUUGUGCCUUCACUUUCUUCCCUAUGAGAAGAAUAUCUGUACAUUUCAUAAAUAAAACAUUUAAUCGUUCCUUCA